CAAUUGGAAAAAUAGAUACUUUCUCAUAUUACAUGUUUUUAUUGAAUAUAUUUUUAGUCAUGUUCAAUACUACAAUGACUAAAAACAUACUUAACCGGCCCUACAUGUUUCUAUAACAAUGUCAUGUUCAAAUAAUAAAAGAUGUAACUCGACAAAUCUCUAUCACUACACACCACUCUAGAAUUCUGAUGAAGCAAAAACAAAGACUUGUGACUCAUCGUUUCUUUUCUUUCAUCCUGGCCAGAAGGAGCUUAAUAAUCUUACAUCGAAUAUUUCCUAUUUAUAUAUUCCUUGAACCAUAGGACAUCUAGCUACUUCCAUGCACAUCACUUUGAAGUUUGUGAUUUUUAUACUUUUAUUGACACACGAGAUGCCUUUUUCAUUCCCAAUUUCAAUUUCCAUAUUGAUGAAAAGCUGAGAGAUCUAAUUAGACUCUUGAGGUCAGCAAAAGGAGCUUUGAUCAACAGUUCAACACUUUCUUUGUACGAGAUUCCUGGGAUGGUUUAACGAGUUCUUGUUAGUUAGUGUAACACAUGAUUUCUUUGAGUCCUUGAAGAACUUGGUGAUGUAAAAAUGGGCUCGAGAGUCUCUCCAAACUCCUCUUACUCUCUUUGUCAGUACUCCAAUAAAUCACCUUGUCCUAUUCCUUCUUUGCAACUUGGAAAUGGCACUCAGAGUAACUGUGGAAUGACAUGUCCUUUGAUUCAUGGUUCUGCCCUUUGUCGCUCGAGGAAUUUAAGGAUGCAUAUUAUGAAACAAGCUUGCUUUGCCCCUUAUAAUGAUGAGUUCUACCAUGGAACUAAGCACAAGGAAAUUGCUCAUGCAGCAGUAUCUGACAUAGGUUCCUCAGAAGUGAAGCAUGAUGUUCUAGAUCCUUCUCUUCUGGGUAUUCAACCCGAGUCGCCGAGCUGGCCUGAAAGGGAUGAAAUCUUGAGGCUAAACUUUGAAAGGAAAGUGAACAGUGUUGGAAUUCCUUUAUCCAUUCGGAUGAUCAAGAAGAAGCUACAAUGGGAGAAGGGUCUUACAGAGGCAAGUGAAUUCACUUCAUGUUCUGUGAAGAGGGUCUUCUCCUCCAUGCUGUUUAUCAUCCACGAGCUUCAAAACCAUGUCUUGCAAACAAGGGAGAUUCUCUGCUGUGAAGAUUUGCAAGGUGCCAUGGCUAAGUUGCAAGGAGAUUUGGAUGUUUCAUUCGUAUGGCUCUUUCAGAAUAUAUUUUGGAAAAGCCCGAAUCUCAUGGUCAAUGUGAUGGUCCUCCUAGCCAAUUUCUCAGUGUUCUCGAUGUGUGACAACAAUGUUAUGACUAAUAAUAGGAAUAAACUACUACAACAUUCACAAGGUGAAUCUGGAAAGCAGGAGUUGACAGAAGAUGAGGAAAUGUUGUGGAAAUCAAUGCUGGAGGAAGCUUCAAGAUGGCAAAACGAAUUGCAGAGUGAAGCUUUGGACCAUGAGACAGUGCUAAAGUUUGUGGCACCAGUAUCUAUUCAGCUUGAAGGGGAUCAGUAUGAGGAAUAUGUCAAAACAAGGCUUUAUUACAGAAAGCAUUUACGCCAGGCACCUUACAAUUCUCUUCUGCUGUCUAACUAUGCACAGUUCCUUUAUCUUGUCGUUCAUGACCUUGAUGGGGCAGAAGAGUACUUCAAGAGAUCUGUGCUGGAGGAGCCGCCAGAUGCUGAGGCAUUCAGUCGAUAUGCUGAUUUCCUGUGGUUGGUAAGAAAGGAUCUUGAGGCAGCAGAACUUAGAUACCAGGAAGCAUUGGAAGAAGAACCCAGAAACACUUAUUACGCAUCGAAGUAUGCUAAUUUCCUUUGGAGCACUGGUGGAAAAGAUACUUGUUUUCCACUUGAAUCCCCUGAUAAACUUUCCACCAUAAAAUAGCCCUCAUAAUCCAUCAGAUACAAGUUGACACUUCUUGGUAAUACUAGCAUGGCAUGACCUACUCAGACAUUUCACUCACCUUGUAAUUCUAUCCCUUGAUCUUUUUGGGUUUUUCUUGGGUAGUUGUGACUCAUGUUAGUAAUUUUGGAAGAGUCAUUUAUGUAAUACGUGCAUAGAAAGAUAUAUCCACAGAGAACUGAUAUAUUCCAAA